GCGGGCAGGGCUCCGGGCGCGAGCCGGGCUGCGCCUGCACCGCAUUCACCGCUGCCAAGUGGAGCCGCCGGGCGCUCGCAGGCUCGGCGCGCUCUGCCCCAAGGGAGGAACCCUCCGCCCGCCGCCGCCGCUCCUCCACCCUAAACCUCCGGGAGCCAUGGCCGGGCUCUGCCAGGCCGCCGCCUUCGGCCGGGCCACCCACGCCGUGGUGCGGGCGCUGCCCGAGUCCCUCGCCCAGCAAGCUCUGAGGAGCACCAAGGGCGAGGAGGUGGACUUCGCCCGGGCGGAGCGGCAGCACCAGCUCUACGUGGGCGUGCUGGGCAGCAAGCUGGGGCUGCAGGUAGUGGAGCUGCCGGCAGACGAGAGCCUUCCGGACUGCGUGUUCGUGGAGGACGUGGCCGUGGUGUGUGAGGAGACGGCCCUCAUCACCCGACCCGGGGCGUCCAGCCGGAGGAAGGAGGUUGACAUGAUGAAAGAAGCAUUAGAAAAACUUCAGCUCAAUAUAGUAGAGAUGAAAGAUGAAAAUGCGACCUUAGAUGGUGGAGAUGUCUUAUUCACAGGCAGAGAAUUUUUUGUGGGCCUUUCCAAAAGGACAAAUCAACGAGGUGCUGAAAUCUUGGCUGAUACUUUUAAGGACUAUGCAGUCUCCACAGUCCCGGUGACCGAUACUUUGCAUUUGAAGAGUUUUUGCAGCAUGGCUGGGCCUAACCUCAUUGCAAUUGGGUCUAGUGAACCUGCACAGAAGGCCCUCAAGAUCAUGCAGCAGAUGAGUGACCACCGCUACGACAAACUCACUGUGCCUGAUGACAAAGCUGCAAACUGUAUAUACCUAAAUAUCCCCAGCAAAGGGCACGUCUUACUGCACCGGACCCCAGAAGAGUAUCCAGAAAGUGCAAAGAUUUAUGAGAAGCUGAAGGACCAUAUGCUGAUCCCUGUGAGCAAUUCUGAACUGGAAAAGGUGGACGGGCUGCUCACCUGCUGCUCCGUUUUGAUUAACAAGAAGGGAGACUCCUGAGCCACAGAGUCCCUCCCUGGUAGCCGGCAAGACCGCACAGGCAAAGCCCACGACUCUGUACCCACUCCCGUUGUUUCCUUGACAAUCUACUGUGCCACUGUGCUACUAACUCUUGUUUACAAAAAUUUAAUUUCUAAGUUUAAUUGCUUCGUUCUGCACCCCACCCUCCCUCCCCUCAUGGUGGUACCUAAGCUGUGGAUUUGCUAAAAGAAUUAAGCAACCUAGAGAAUAUAGAGCUAAUGAAUGAUUGAAAUGUGAUUAAUAAUAGUAAGGAAACACUCAUUUUAGUGUUUGUAUUAUCAGUGUGAAAAUCAUUUCGUUGCCAAUAUAUUCCGAAGAAUGUCUUCUUGAUCAGUCAGAUAAGCUCCAUCUUUUUUCGCUAUGUCGUGAAUCAUGUUUGGUUCCUGUGAAAUUCCCUGAUCCAGGGAUCCUCCUCCUUUCUCUCUUUUUUCCUUCUGAACUCUGAAAACUUUUUAUCCAGUUACUUUCUUUUGCCUUUCCCACUUCUAUCAUAGCCACCUUGACCUUGGGUAAAAUCCAAGGUCUUGCCUUCUGAAUACCUUCCUGCAGGUCCACCCUUCCUGCCCUUGGUCUCCUCUGCCUAGGCCAUGUCGCCACAACCAACCCAACCCUCCCUCCCACCCCGGGGCAAACAGGCUCCUCACUAGAUCAAAGUUGGAGCUGCUGUUUGGGGGAGUGUUCACUACGCAGAGGCACAUCCUGACAGGGUUUGCCCCAGAGAUCUGAAUUCCAGAAGUGGGGCACCACACCUAGGAAGGUAAAUUUAGCACCAGAAGGUUGCUAAGAGAUCAAAAUCAAGAAGCUUGCAAACACCCCAUGGGCACAAUGUCUUAGAAAGUCUUUAAGUCACAGUCCAUGAAUUUUGUCUCAUUUACUGGCCAUAUAUGACAUUGGAGGACCUUAUUUUUUCCCGUCAGCUCAUUUCUGUUUCCCCUUACCCUGACUCACCCUGUUUCCAGCCUUCUACCCCUUGCAGUUAUCCUGGUCUAGCAAAGAUAUUUCUUUCAAAAGCAACAAUACAUCUAAAAGUGGUUACUGGUGGUCUGGUGUAAGCCAGAGGAAAUAGCUCCUCAUGACCAAGGAGCAUGUUCCGGAAGUGAUCACCUUGAUGCUUGAAACCAACCUCAGACAGUGGACAAUUCUACUUUGAAAUAUCCAUGAAUAUUUACCAUGGGAUUCAAUUAAAACUUCUUUCUUCUCUAGCCUUCAAAUUACACAACUUUCAACUGACAUGAGUCUCUUACAAAGAACAAUGCCAAACUGAAGGAAGAGAUCAUUCUUUCACUUGCAUCUGAAAGAAUCAGCCUAUUAGCAAGCCAGGGAAUGGUACUUUCCAAGGAAUAGUGACUGAUCCAGGCAUGUUAUCAAACUUCCUAGUCAUCUCCACCUUUCCUGUAUUGCCUGGGGCUUGUUCAAGAUUAAGAAUCAGGGAGAUUAAGAAAUAGCACUUCAAGUCUUGUUCUGCUCACCUCUAUGUUUGCAAUCAAACAUUCCUUAUGUUGGUGACUGAGAGACAAUUAUCUCCUCAUUUCAUCUCCCCUCAAGCAGAUGGAAGUGAGAAACCUCUGAGAAAAUCAAGACAUCCUAAACCACUAUCUGUCUUUGUCAUUUAUUUUAUGAGUUUUGUGCCAGAAAUAUGAAAAAGUUCCUUCUCCUCCUUCUCUUCCUUGUUGUUUAACUUUAAAAUUCAUAUCACAUGCAAAAUAGAAUUUUGUGCAUCCUGUAAAUGAAGCACAUCUUGGUCACUGUCAUAUUUUGAACCAUCUCAUCAUGGAUGAGUAAUGUCUUUUUCCCGGAGAGAGAAUGAAUGUUAGCCACGUGCCCAACUUAACAAAGAAAAAUUGUUCUGGGAAGUUAUGGUUGCCCUUUUCGGUUAAAUCUGGCCCUACACUGGCAGAAGCAGAAAUUCUCCCUGUGAGAGCUCAGCAUCUCAAAAAUAACCACAGGAAAAAUAGCCCAAUCAGCCUGUUUAAGUUUAUUGGCAUAUAAUUUUCAAUAUCUUUACUUCUAUCAUCCCAAAUCAAAGAACUGUCAUCUAUUAUGUAUAGUCAAUUGCAAGUGAGUAGAUUUUUCUUUUUAACAGUUUGUUCUGCAGAAGGCUGUUUUUCAUUUUUCCUUUCCUUUGCUUCUUUCUCUCUUUUCUUCUCUUUGUCUCGAGAAACCACUUAGAAUCUGUGUGCCUCUUCUACGUUUUAUUCUGCACUGCUACCUUAUCUACUCGGCUGGCUUCUUUGGAUUCCCUAUGUGAUAUGAUGAUGUGAAAACCUAAAUUGGUAUUACUCUUUUGAUGUUCUCAUUAGCAUAAUGUUAUCUUCGCAAAGGAAAGAUUCCCAUCUUGUCCAUUGUGACUUAUAAGGAUGGAUAAGCUAACAAACUGCUUUUUGACAUUAUAAAGACAUGAGGAAUUAUAUCUAAAUAAGUAAAAGUUAAGUCAGAAUUACUUGGUCAAUAUGAUUCAAUUUAAUAAAAGGAUGAUAUAGAGAAAAUACAUUAUUUAGCAUUAUUUCUUCAACUACAAUGAAUUGCUAUAGAAAUCAGCAGGCAGAUCUCUCCAAUGUGUAUUGAUUGCUGUUUUAAGCUACUGUGAACAGAUUACUAAAGUCAUCUUUUCAUCUCUAAGAGGGGGAAAUAGUCUGUAGAUGAAUAAUGUGACAUAUAAGAGUUGCAUGUUAGUCUUUGUAAUUAUUUAAUCUUUAACAUUCUACAGACCUCAGACAUGAUUUCAACAUGGUGUUAGACUUGUGCAUUUUAUUUUCCUAAUCAUCUUGUUCCAGCCAGUGUAUGGUUAUCCACUCUGUGUGCCAAAGCCAGUAAUGCCUUUCAUGGUCCUUUAGUCCAGAGGAGAUCUGCACCGAUUUUAGACUCUUGCUGUCCCGAUCCUACAUGUAUACCAAUCACGAUGGAAUAAAGUGUGAGUUGUACUGUG